AUUAUAUAUUUAUAAAGCCAGUGGGUACUAGCAACGCGUGCUUGUUUCAAAUAAUUUUACACGUUCAGCUGCCGGCAGGGUACUUGGUAGGUGCGCCCUAAACAAAGCUGAGUUUGCGAAGCGAGAACACUGGAAAGUGCAUCUUCCAAUACGGAGAAAAGGUGAACGUGAAGGGACCUCUCGUCAAUUCUGAACUAUGGAGCGCUCAAAACAGAGUCACGACAAUCAAGCUGACAGUAGACCGACUACAAACGAAAGUUCUCUAAACGGACACUUUGACGGCUUGGUAAAAAAAGACACCCGGAAUGUGGGAUGUCAAGGGACGGGGACCGCCGGUGAGUCGAGUUCGCACACAGGGUCGUCAGUCGUGGAAAACUGGAAGCAUGAGCGCACCCGAAGUAUAGAAGACAACGAGACGAGCUUGCCUAGUCUGGCAGCUGCUUAUACCACUAUUAUCCGGGGACUCGGCGAAGACCCGCAAAGACAGGGACUUCUCAAAACUCCCUGGAGAGCCGCAACUGCGAUGCAGUUUUUCACCAAGGGAUACCAGGAGAAAAUAAUAGAUGUGCUGAACGAUGCCAUCUUCGACGAGGACCACGAUGAGAUGGUUAUUGUGAAGGACAUCGACAUGUUCUCCAUGUGCGAACACCACCUGGUGCCCAUCUUUGGCAGGGUCCACAUAGGCUAUCUCCCCAAUAAAAGGGUGCUGGGCCUCAGCAAGCUGGCCAGGAUUGUUGAAAUCUACAGCCGUCGACUGCAAGUUCAAGAGCGGUUGACCAAACAAAUCGCUGUGGCAAUCACUGAAGCUCUGCAGCCUGCUGGGGUGGGCGUCGUCAUCGAGGCAACUCACAUGUGCAUGGUGAUGAGGGGGGUGCAGAAGAUGAACAGCAAGACUGUGACCAGCACCAUGCUGGGGGUGUUCCGGGAGGACCCGAAGACACGGGACGAGUUCCUCACCCUAAUCAGGAACUGAGAGGGACGGCUGGCCCACAACCCUGCUGCCCAGCCCAGCACAGACCCCUCUCCCUGUCGCCUGCCUGGAGCUAGAGCUGUCCACACAGCAGUUUUGGUACGAAGCCUAGUCCGGGCUUGCAGAGUGUAUGUGAGUUGUGUGUAUGUGUGUGUCUAUCCCUACACCCCCUUCCAAAUAAUCACACACAUCACAUGGUCGCAUGACAUAGCUGUCUUGUGUGUGUACAUGACAGUCUUACUAAACGGUGUCUGUCAGCUGGCUUAACCUAAAAAUGAAUUGUUUGGAUCAAUGAUUAGUGUUUCUUAUGGUUACUUAAUUUAAAGGACUUUGAUCCUGUUAAAAAACAUUUUUUGUUGUUGUAACUUUUCAUUAGAUUGAACCUCCAAGUACGGUAAACCUACGUAGAAACAUCCUAACAUUAAAAUCAAUAUCUUUAUCCAAAGUAAGCUAGGCCCAGUAGGACCAUAUGUCAGUUUAACUUUUUUAUUUAUUUUAUUGAAGCUUUAUUUAACUUGGCAAGUCAGUUAAGAACAAAUUCUUAUUCACAAUGACGGCCUACCAAAAGGCAAAAGACCUCCUGCGGAGACGGGAGCUUGGAUUAAAAUGAAAAUAUAUAUAUAAACAUAAGACAAAACACACAUCACGACAAGAGAUACAACACAACACUACAUGAACUUGAGCCAAACCAAUUCAAAAGUGCCAAGUGCCCUUUUCACAUGGCAUCAUAUUCCUGCUCAAGCCAAAUGCAUCAAACCCAUUCGUCAAACAAUCAACACUUUGGUCAAUCUGUCAGCUGGUUACAAGGCUCAGUCCUGGUCUACUGUAAUUAUCUUUAACUAGUGAAGGAAGGAGUGCAAAAUGCUCGCUUUCAAAUUUGGUAGUCACUGCUUUAAAUACAGUAUACUGCACCCUGCAACUUCAGGGAACUAACAAUGAUGGCUUUCCGAGGGUUAACUGAAUAAAUCCUAUACAGGAUCGGUGUCCCCCCGGGGAACGGUUGAGCUGACGUAGGCUAAUGUGAUUCGUAUGAGGUUGUAAGUAACAAGAACAUUUCCCAGGACAUAGACAUAUCUGAUAGGGGCAGAAAGCUUAAAUUAUUGUUAAUCUAACUGCACUGUCCAAUUUACAGUAGCUAUUACAGUGAAAGAAUACCAUGCUAUUGUUUGAGGAGAUUGCACAGUUAUGAACUUGAAACUGUAUUAAUAAACCAAUUAGGCACAUUUGAGCAGACUUGACACAACAUUUUGAACAGAAACGCAAUGGUUCACUGAAUCAGUCUGAAACUUUGCACAUACACUGCUGCCAUGUAUUGGCCAAAAUCUAAAUUGCGCCUAGAUAUAUAUUGGCUUUUUUAUUGCAUUUCAAAGAUGAUUGAACAAAAAAAACACUUUUUUCUAUGUAUUAUCUUUUACCAGAUCUAAUGUGUUAUAUUCUCAUACAUUAAUUUCACAUUUCCACAAACUUCAAAGUGUUUCCUUUCAAAUGGUAUCAAGAAUAUGCAUAUUCUUGCUUCGGGUCCUGAGCUACAGGUAGUUAGAUUAGGGUAUGUCAUUUUAGGUGGAAAUUGGAAAAAAAAGGGUCCAAUCCUUAAUUAACUGUGGUGUUCAAAUUAUGUGAUGUAAUGUCACUGUUAGUUUUGCAUUUGUUCUAUAACCAAAGGACCAAGGUUUCCAAGGGUGCAGUUAAAGUGACUGGACGAUCAGGAUGAUCAGACGGGCUUAAAAAGUGUCCAUUUUAGGUCACCCUGUCUUAAUAUGGACACACUAGAUUAUUCGCUAAUAGUCUCACUCACUAUUGUAGUUAUUUGUUGAAAAUGUCACAAUAGUACAGAUUCACAGACGUGUGACUGAUAUAGUCUGCUUUCUCUGUAUCCCCCAAGUGGGCAUUUCGCCAUUCAGAGAGGAUUUCUAUUGGGCACCCCUUUGUAUCUCUCUGUAAGUCGUAUAGGCCUACGUGCGUGUGUAUUUGUUUGUGUGCGGCCAGCCCAGUAUAUAUUCUGUCCUUCUGCCUUACUGAUUUUUUCACUUGAUAAGUAGAGUUCACUUCCGACGAUGAAUUUGAAGAGACUAGACUCAAAGGAAUCAGCUGUCUCCACUCAUCUCUUGGAAAAGAAACACGUUUUACUCUCUUACCCUUCUAAUGUCAAUUCUGUUACACUUCUAAAUAUCUACGUAUGUCUGUAUAAAUGUUUCAGAAUUGUAGUUACCUUUUUAAAUGUAAAAAAUAUUCUGCAGUUUACAGAGUACAUUACAUCCCUCUUUGCUACGUCACAUAUAUUGUAUGUAUGCAAUUUCAUUUAUUAUCUCAGCAAAUUAGGGAUAUUAAAAUAUAGUAACCUACAUGAAAAUGACGUACAGUGUUAGGAUAAAUAGGUUAGCAAGGAACAUAUAUGCUGAUGAGCGGUAUAUUUUUUAAUUUAUUGGAAAUAUAUAACACUCAUAUUGAAAUGGGGAGGUUUUAACCAAUGUGAUUUGAUCAUUGGGGUUCUGUGUGUGUGUUUGGAGUAGAUGAGCACUAUAGUCAGUCAGACAGCUUCUGCAUCGUCUCUGUGGCCUUCUUUAGGAGGAUUUGUUCUUUGGGUUCCUUCACUACUGUCGUUUACAUUACACUUCUUACUGUGUUCAUUUGAAAGAGUUUUCAACAAAGGAAAAUAAAUCUGUGUGAACUAGGAA